GUCGUUAUGCGGCGUAUGGACCGCGGAGAGGAGGAGGAGGAGGAGGAGGAGGAGGACGACGAAGAGGCGGACUCCUUCACUGGCUCCAACCCGGAGUCUCACCUGGAUGGAGACCUUCAGCGGUCAGACCGGAGCAGGCUGAGCGAGAACACGCGCCUGGCCACGCGCUAUGCGGUGCGGAUCUUCAGGGAGUUCCUGAGCGAGAAGGACCGAAGUCCAGACUUUGAAACUCUGGACAAGGAGGCGCUGUGCGCGCUGCUGCGCUCCUUUUACGCGGAGGCGCGCUCCAAAAGUGGACAGCUGUACAGCAAGUCGUCCCUCAUCAGCAUCCGCAGCUCACUCAACCGGUACCUGAACGAACCCCCCUACAGUCGCACCUUGGAUCUCACCAAGGACCCGGAGCUGCGCAGCGCCAACCUGACCCUGGCCGCGGUCAUACGCAGGCUGGAGGAGCAGGGCGCGGGUCCUGUGGUGCAGAAACAAGCCAUCACGCGCUCGGACCUGCGGAGACUAUACGAGUCCUCCGUGUUCAACACCGACACGCCGUUCGGACUCCUCAACAAAGUCUGGUUCGAGACUUGCAUGUAUUUUUGCACCCGCGGCAGGGAGAACCAGCGGGAGCUGGAGGAGGACUCCUUCGGUCUGGCCGUCGACGAGGACGGGAGAAAGUUUGUGUAUUUCAAAGCGUUGGGUCCGUAUCACAAGUCCCGCUCCGCCGCCUGGACCAAGAAGCGUCCGGACUCGGACGAGGACACUUUGCCGCGCAUGUACGAGACCGGCACGGAGCAGUGUCCGUACGCCAGCUUCGUCCGGUACGUGUCCAAACGGAACCCGCUGUGCCGCGCGUUCUUCCAGCGGCCGCGGGACCACUGCUGCGCGAGCGACGUGACGUGGUUCGAGAACAAAGCCAUCGGUAAGAACCUGCUGGGCACGAGGAUGCAGAUGCUGUCGCGCGCCGCCAAGCUCUCCAAGACCUACACUAACCACUGUAUCGGCGCCGUCUCCAUAGCAACGCUCAACAGCAUCGUGGGUGCCGCGGGCUCCAGGUCGACAACGACGCUCUACGUUGCCUCGGAAACGCUCGUGCCGUAUCACCGCCGCGUGGCAGACUCUGUGGAUGUGAAGCCGCAGCUGACAACAGCGGUGACGGCGGUGCGCGCACAGACCGCGGCAGCGGCAGCAGCGCGGAGAGUCUGCGCUCAGGACGAGGAAGAGCAGGAGGCUCCACGUGCCAAGAGGCUGUGCGUGCGCCCCGGGACGCGCGUGGACUCGCCCGUGGAACAGAAGGAGAGCGCGUCAGCUCUUGUGAGAUCCACGGAGGUCAAUGUUCACACACAGGCUUCGGUUCGAUUCCCGGGCACACAGGUGAGCCCUGUAGGGGUUAGCAGCAGCAGCAGCAACAUGUCGAGUCAGCAGGGCAUCUCUGUGUCCCCUCUGAACUCUGCUGGAAUCCCCACACAUGCCCAACUCACCAAAACCAACGCACCUGUCCAUAUCGAUGUAGGAGGACACAUGUACACGAGCAGCCUGGCCACGCUCACCAAGUUCCCCGAGUCGAGAAUCGGUCGCCUGUUUGACGGAAGUGAACCCAUCGUGCUCGACAGUCUGAAGCAGCACUACUUCAUCGAUCGAGACGGCCACAUGUUCCGCUACAUUCUGAACUUCCUGCGCACGGCAAAGCUCCUCAUCCCCGACGACUUCAAAGAAUACUCCCUGCUGUAUGAAGAGGCCACUUUCUUCCAGCUGGCUCCUCUUCAGGCCGAGCUCGAGCGCUGGAGAGCCGAGUGGGACUGCGAGCGCGCAUGCCGAGAGUGCCAGUGUGUUGUGGUUCGAGUGGUGCCGGAGCUCGGGGAGAGGAUCAGCGUGAGCGCCCACCGCUCCGUCAUCGAGGAGGUUUUCCCCGAGGUCAGAGACGUCAUGGCCAAGUCCCUCAGCGGCAGCUGCAAUCACGAGUCCACACACAUCAUCUGCUUUCCGCUCAACGGCUACUGUCACCUCAACUCUGUGCAGGUGUUGGAGCGGUUGCAGCACCGGGGAUUCUGGAUCACAGGUUCAUGUGGCAGCGGAGUGGACUCCUCUCAGUUCAGUGAAUACAUCCUGCGGAGGGAGAGCCGAGACGGCCAAGCCUCGCCUCCCACCCUGAUACAAAUCAAACAGGAAGUCACGGACUGAGGUCAGAAGGCGUCACAUGGAGAAGCGAUCGGCUUCAGCGAGAAAGGAGUCAAAAAGUGACCCGUCACAAAAUUCUGACUCUCCUCCAGUUGCCACAUUCAGGCCGGACUGUAGAAGAACAGCACCGUCAGAGCAGGGACUGCAGAGGAUCAUGGGAAAUGUUGACAUUUUUGAGAUGCAGUGCUUUUUUAUUUUUCCAUGAAACACCAGGACCAUGUUCAGAUCCGGGGGGGAAAGAUGGGCGUCCGUGGUGAGCAGGAGAGCGUCUUCAGAUGCUUAAUUUACCUGUAACAGUCGGCUGUCGCCAUGGACCAAGCAGUCAAAGGGAGAACAACGUCUAAAUCGUUAAUGAAUGAAAAAUGAGCAAAUAAGUAGUAAUCUGGGCCCAAUAAACGAGGUCGACAACACGGAACUCUUACUAAAAAUAUGACUCAACAACACAUGAGACAGAGGGGGAACAGAAUUCACCCACUGAUCUUGGGUAAUUGUACUUCCAGCCUCAGCCACGUGUUUCAGACAAACCAGGAAAGAAAGAUGAAUGAAUA